AUGCUAUCAGAAGUUCGGCAAGAGGCUGAUCUAACUAGUGAAGCUGAUCUACGAGCGGCUGAAGUGGUACGACCUGAAGACGUGUUAAAGCUCAACUCCAUUACUCAAGAUUAUUUGUGCAAGCCAUCAGCCAACAUUUAUGACAUAGAGUUCACUAGAUUCAAGAUUAGAGAUCUGGACACAGACCAAGUCUUGUUUGAAAUAGAAAAACCUACAGGUUCGUCAUUUUCUUUCUGA